AAAAUAAUGAGUAUACCAAGAAGAGAAAGUUGGAAGUGCCUGACGCAAUGAAGCAGGAGGAAGCAACAGAUCCGGGCAUAGUGUUUGUGUGGGACUUGGACGAGACGCUGAUCAUCUUCCAGUCGCUGCUCACGGGAAAGUACGCGGACCUGGAAGGCCUGGACGAGAAGCGCAGGGCGGAGGCGCUGAAGCUCGGGGAGCAGUGGGAGAAGCUCAUUCUGGACAUCAGCGACACAGCCAUGUUAUUUGAGCAGGUGGAGGAGUUUGAUCAGCCGUCCAUCGGUCAUGUUGCAGAGAAUGACGAUGGGGCCAGCUUAGACGACUUUGAUUUCGGGGAGCUAAACCUCAAAAAGCCUCUCACUGAUGCAGGCAAACAGAAGCUGGCGUACUUGUACCGCCACAUACAAGCGCUCUAUGCAAAGGGGGCGACGCACCUGCUGACGGGUGACAAGCGGGGCGAAUGGCAAGGCCUGUAUGCAGCAACGGACCGUUUCACGAAGGGCUGGCUCUUCGCAGGCAGGAGACUAUUGGCGGAGUGCGCAACUGCCCGGUUGAACUCCUCCGGACAGACCGACCCGAAUCGGACCGCCGGACCUGGUUCGGACAGCGCUGGUGAAGGCGGGUUGCCACCGCUCGGGAAGCGGACGGUCGUGCUCGUCUCGUCGGGGCAACUGAUCCCGACGCUCACGAAGUGCCUCCUGUUCAGGCUGGACCCCUGGAUUGAUCCCGCGAACGUGUACAGCUCGAAGGUCGUCGGAAAGUUGCAGUGCUUUAAGUGGAUACGGGAACGCUUUGGAGGCGGUAAUGCAGAGACGAGAUUUUGUGCGGUGGGCGACGGAGUAGAGGAGCAAGCGGCCGCUCGAAUGAUGAGUUGGCCGUUUUUGAGAGUGGCCUCCGGGCUGGAUCCGGACAUGAGUUUGCCAAAGAUUAGGCUUGAGCAGUUGACAGAUUUGCUUGCGGAUGUCAAGUCGAAAACGUAGGCAAUCUAAAAGACACCGUGGCUUGCUUUCAACCGGCGAAGAGGUUGUCGCACUAUCCUGGUGCCUUUUUGAGGUCUCGUAGCUCGGUUCUGCAUCAUGUGACACGGCUUUUGACG